AUGACAUCGCUAUAUGCGCCUUCAGCGGAUGAUGUUAUGCGUAGAUUACGACCUUUUGGUCUGUUUUUCGAGAAAUCGUUAAAGGAUCUGAUAAAGGCCAUUAGGAGCGCUGGCGAGAACCCUGAGGAGUUGCAAUUGGUCCUUAACAAAGCAUUGAGCGAGUCGCGUGAGGAAGUGGGAUCUCCAGACCUAAACUUAAAAGCGAACGCAGUGGUGAAGCUUACCUACUUGGAAAUGUACGGUUUUGACAUGUCUUGGGCAAAUUUUCAUGUUUUAGAGGUGAUGAGCAGCAGCAAGCUGCAACACAAGCGUGUUGGCUAUUUGGCCGCAUCACAGUCCUUUUAUAAAGAUUCUGAUGUUUUGAUGUUGGCAACGAACUUGUUAAAGAAGGACCUUAAAUACGACGGCAGCAACGACAUCUUGAAGAUGGGUGUUACGCUGAGCGGGCUUUCAACCAUGGUUACGACACCCCUUGCCAGUGAUAUCUGCGAUGAUCUGUUUUCUAUGCUUGGUAGCUCAAAACCUUACAUUCGAAAAAAGGCUGUAGCUGCAUUGUUCAAAGUGUUUUUGCAAUAUCCUGAAGCUCUUCGCGACAAUUUUGAUAAAUUUGUCAGCAAGCUGGAGGAUGAAGAUCUAUCAGUUGUAUCAGCCACUGUAAGUGUAAUAUGUGAGCUUUCAAAGAAAAAUCCUCUACCAUUCAUUGCACUGUCACCUUUACUUUACGAAAUGCUUCUAACCGUUGAUAAUAAUUGGAUCAUCAUACGUCUAUUGAAACUCUUUACUAAUCUGUCCCAAGUUGAGCCUAAGCUAAGGGUCAAGAUAUUACCUAAAGUUUUAGAACUCAUGGAAGUAACAUCCGCUACAUCCGUCAUAUACGAAUCCAUCAACUGCAUUGUAAAGGGCCAAAUGUUAGAGGAAGAUGACUUUGAUACAGCGUCGAGCUGUUUGCAGGAGCUCAACAAAUUUUGCAACUCUACUGACCCAAAUCUGCGUUACAUCAGCGUGGUUCUUUUCUACAAAAUUGGGAAGAUCAACGCCGAGUUUAUCAAUGAAUUCAACACACUGGUUAUUCGCUUGUUGAAAGAUGUUGACAUUUCCAUACGAAGCCGAGCUUUGGAGCUUUUAGAAGGAGCCACAAAUGAUGAAAACAUAACCUCCAUUGUUCAGAUCCUGAUCAAACAAUUCAUUGAUAAAGACAUGGUAUCUGCUACAAAUCUCUUCCGCCAGCCGGGCUCCGGAGGUGUGGAGAUCGAGAUACCUCUUUCUUACAAGCUGAAAAUGGUCAGCACCAUCCUAAAGAUCUGUUCCAUGAAAAGCUAUGCCAAUAUCCCUGAUUUCGAUUGGUACAUCGCUGUUCUAUCAGACCUUUGUGUGUUAUCUCAAGACCUCAAUAGCAGCAAUCUAGGCCACGAACUUGCUGACGAGAUACGAAAUAUAAUGGUGAAAGUACCUAGUAUGAGACCUAAAUUCAUUAGCGCCAUUAUAACGUUGGUGGUAAACAAAGAUAUAUGCCAACAGAUGCCCAUGAUCCUAAGGGAGGGUUUUUGGUGUAUCGGCGAGUUUUCAGCGUUGCUGCAAGAUGGAAAUCAUUUGAUUAAAGAAUUCGUUAAGCAAAAAAGGUUACCACCCGACGUUCAGCAAGUGUUGGCGCAAGCACUGCUCAAAAUAUUCAGCAACUGGUGUAAUACAAGUGGUGAUAUAAUUUACGCUGAAGUAAAAGACACUUUAAAGGAACUUGUAAAAUUCUAUGAAGGAUUUAGCACCUCCCCAUCAUUUGAAGUUCAGGAAAGAAGCGUCGAAUUUCUAGAGUUUUGUAGGCUCUGUGAAGAAUCACUUGAUCAACAAGAGGAAGAAGAAGGACUGCCUUUACUAUUAACAGAGGUGUUGCCUAGCUUUUUUGAUGCAUACGAUCUAAAUCCAAUCGUUCUCGGGACACAGAAGAAACUCCAGAGUAGCUUUACCUUAGACCUAGAAACGCCAUUCAUGACCGAAGAGGAAAUUGAGGCACUUCUUGCUGAGGCGGCUGGCAAGAACGAAGAAAAUUCGGGCUUAAUUUCAGACAUAGACUCAAGGCUAGAUUCAGAUGAGGAUGAUUCUCUAACCAGCUACAUGCAACCAUUGGCUCGGGAAUUAGGGUCCGAAGUAAAGAUGAGUGCUGAGGAACGUGAAUAUUCAGAAGCGAAGCGUAAGCAGGAACGAAUGGAUAAUCCUUUCUACCUUGAAACGGGUGAACCGGAGAUCAUUAAAAAUGCAAGUCCACUUCUUGAUUUCGACGAUGACGCAAAAUUGUCUGUGGUAAAGAGCUUCAGCGAGUUGCAUUUGCCUUACACAGGUCCCAAGGAUAGUGAUGAAACUAAGAAGAAAAGGAAAAAGAAGAAGAACAGUAGGAGUAAAGCUCAGGUCUUGACCGAAGAGGGCCUUCCGGAUCUACCCCGUGAUGCUGAGUUAACCAAAGAAAGUCACGAUAGAAUCGACAAUGCGAUUUCUACUGAAAAUUCCAAUGCGAUAAAUCUUCGGAUGCAAUCCAAGCUUGAAAACUUCGAUUUUAGCCCCCCUAGUUUAACCUCUGAUGGCCAAUCAGAAAACAUUUCAGAGCAUCAGCCCGAAUUAGAGAAACUUCGAGCCAAAUUUGCUACUAACUCUCGUAUGGAUGACCCUCCUGAGGAAGAAGUCGUGGUUGUGAGCAAGAAAAAAAAUCCAAGUCCAAAUCCAAGUCAAAGUCUAAGUCGAGCUCGAAAGAAAAGAAGGGCAACUCUCAAGCUCAAAUUGAUGAAGCGGGCUAAACGGGUAACUGCAUUUAGCCAUAAAAUGUUCUUUGCGUUGUAG